AUGACAGACCACGUCUGUGCUAACUGCGGAACGACCAAGACUCCCUUGUGGCGACGGAUAUCAAACGGGGCGUUGGCGUGCAACGCUUGCGGUCUCUACUACCGAGCGAACAACGCCCCCAGGCCAGUGGACUUGAAAAAACCACCUAACCUAGUACCACUGAACCCGGGGUCAAUUGAAAAGGGAUCCUGCAAGGGGGGUGGCCAAUGUAAUGGUACUGGUGGCUCCAGCUCAUGUGAUGGGUGUCCCUCAUACAAUAACCGGGUACUUAUCUCUCAUGAGGAUGAGAGAGGUGCUGCGGUCAAGUCCGAAAACUACGAAGAACAGCCCCUUGUGGUGGCAUGUACCAACUGCUCCACCACAGUGACUCCUUUAUGGCGUCGUAACGAAUACGGACAAACUAUCUGCAACGCCUGUGGACUGUACUACAAAUUGCAUGGAAAACAUCGGCCAGUGAAACUCAAGAAAAGCACAAUCAGAAGACGUAAAAAAUUAGCGGCAGCCCGGGAAUCGGAUAAGCCGAGAUUUGUACCACCGGAUUCUCAGGGCGAGGCCAAAAAUGUUCAGGAGCCCAAAAAUCCCGAUAGAGUGCCUGCGGCAAUUGCUAUAGACUUCACGGCCACGUUCAGCAGGCCGAAGACAACACCCACUUCUAUCAGCAUUACUUCACUCUUGACAGAGGACAAACCAAUCAAUUGA